AUCGCGGUUGCCUCAUGAAUAAACACGAAUUCUCUUCGACCUCCGUCGCUCCUGCCAUCUGGCUCGAGGCAGCGAGACUUCCUCUUGUGAAUCUCUGCGGAACUCGUUCUUCUUCCUCCACCCUCCAUCACACAACCUCGCCGACUUCCACAUCCUCUGUCUCUCCCGCGUCCCGCUCUUCUCAGAAGAUUAUCUUCUAUCCCGAAUUAUCAGUACACCGCAUAUUCUCUUCUGUAUUUAUUGCUUCAAGCUGCAGGCGGCUCUGCCGGGCAGAGUCGUUCCUGCAUUCCUUCUCUUCUGAAUUGCCAGUCUUUAUAGUACUAUUACACAAUGUCUCGACUCGCCCAUACGUACGGGCCUACCUGCAACCUUGGUCCAUCUGUGGCUUUCACCGGUUCGAAGGGUGAUGAAGAGAUACCAGCACUCAAAGCACAUUAUUUCUACUCUUCUCCUCAACCGAUCGACGAUCCUCUUUCUGUCAUUCCUAUUCCUACCGGCGCCGAUGCCAAAUCUGCCAACCAUCCACCUCGUCCAUUCUCGGCAUAUGAUAAUAAGGCCCUCGAGGAUGCUUGGGUUAGUGUCACAUUGGGAAAGGACAAAAAGUCUCUGUUCAGGCGCAAGUCUCAGUCUCCUUCACGGAAAGCUGUUGCAAGUGGGAAUGCAGCAGUUGCCGCCGGUACUACAGUGACGGCAGACGUGGGAAGAAGCAUAAAGGAUGCCGCACACUCAGGAGCAGCCGGCUCAGCCAAGCUUGUAGGCGUGGGUGCAAAUGUCAUCUCAUCUACGGCUGCUUCGAGCGAGCCUGAGAAGGACAAGAAAGGCCACUCCGGAGUUAGCACCUCUGCAGGCGUAGGCACGUCAUCCGCGAAGAAGUCUUCGCCAACCAAAGAUGCGGAUGAAGAUACCAAAGCUGCUGCUGCCAGUACUUCUAACGACACAGGCAACCAACACUCAACGGCGGAUCCAGAAUGUCAUCCGAGCAACGCAUACUGCGCUGAGCUGAGUGAGGGUCACGAAACUGGCGACGGAGAAGAGGUUGUGGGCCAAGAUGGUGAAGCAAGUUACUCCAAGAAGCAAGACAGAAAGGAGAAACGUUCAAAAGCAUCGCGAAAAGGCAAAUCAUCAAACACUUCUCAAGGAGAAGGUGCUGCUUCAGAAGUCGAAGCCUCUGGAUCACAAGGAAACCCGUACAAUCCAAAUUGCGAGGACCCUCACCAUGUUUCCAUGGACUCUGGAAUCGCAGCAUGCUGUGCGGAGUUUGAGAAAGGCACCAAAUCUGACCAUGCACCUUGCAUCACGAACGAGGGUACGACUGAUUCCAGUCCCGCUUCAAAUCAACGAUCGGGUACCGAGACAUCACAAGUUCGAAAAGACAAGUCUAAGCAGAACAAGAAGUCACCUUGGGCCGAAGUUGGAGAAGCUCAAGGUGACGCCGCUGAUGAUGAUUCUAUGGACGAGGUUGGCACGCUUGACGGUCACGACAGCAGAGGGGUCAUGAAGGGAAAGCUGAGAAAGACAGGCAAUCUAAGCUCUGAGGUGCAGAUUCCGGAGCCUAACGCGGAGAACCUUCCUGCUCAAGCAGAUACCGGAACGACUGGUCAACCCUUUGUGAAAUUGGCAUCGCGAAGUCCUGAAACGUCCGCUGCGGAGGACAUGGAGACGGACAUAAUGGCUGAGGGAGAACCAAGCACUCACGCUGGUAAUUCCAAGAAACGCCACCAACGCGAGUCGACAGAUUCCGAGACUGUCCAAGUCUCCGGAUGCAAAGCCCAUAAGAACAAUAAAUCUCAGGGCGAGGUACCUGUCGGAGUUUCGAGACUGCAUAUGGUCACCUUGCCUACUUUGCAGAUGAAGCCAAUUUAUUGGUCGCCAGUCCAUGACAUUGCUGCUGUCACUCGUGGUACUUGGUUCUACAAAGACACUAUGUAUCCUGUUGAGCCCCCUGUGGCAAAUCAGCUGGAACUCGGAUAUUGUGAGCUCAGACCGUGGUCUCAGACAUGGUGUGAUGAGCUCAGCAGUGCAAUCGAAGUCGGAGCCAUUGGCGAGGAGAAGAUUGUCCACCGCCUCUGGCCCAAAGAGGUCGAACACCAAGGCAAGUCGCGCAAAACGCCUGAGCAUAUUCUCUACACCGAUCCUUAUUGUGCCGCAAAGUGCUUCCAAGGAGAAGCUGCUGCAGAAGGGUCCAUAGAUCCCGAUGAGCCUGAGAAAAAGCCUACCGAAGCAAAGACAGUCACGAAGAAGUAUUCGUCUGCUCAAGUCAUCUACAAGGACGCCCAAAACGCUUUCAUCCUCAAGCCAACACUACAGCCUUCUGCGUACUAUGGCCGAAAGCCGCUGGCCAAGAUCAGAAAGGGUGUCACUGUUGGCAUUCAUGUGGUUCGAGGUUUUGAUUGGAAACUGUGGGACAAACUCCACCCUACGAAGAAGACUGGCACGACCUCAAAAGUAGAACAGAAUGCUCCUGUGGCUGGUGACGCAGAUGUUAGCAAAGGAACUGCUUGUGAAGCCUGCAAGGCACAGGAGCAUCGACAAAAAGUCACUGAUCUGGUCUUAGUCAUACAUGGCAUUGGACAGAAGCUUUCCGAGCGCAUGGAAAGUUUCCAUUUCACACAUGCUAUCAAUGGGUUCAGGCGCUCUAUCAACGCCGAACUUGCCAAUGAUGCUGUUCAUAAAGCACUUCGACCGGAACUUGGUGGUGUUAUGGUCCUUCCGAUCAAUUGGCGAUCAAAUCUGUCUUUCGAGGAUGGUGGUCCGAAGAAGGACGGAGACAAAGAGGUCGAGACUCCAGAUUUCAACUUGAAAGACAUCACGCCCAGCUCAAUUCCGGCAGUUCGCAGCAUCAUCUCAGAUGUGAUGUUGGAUAUCCCUUUUUAUAUGUCCCAUCACAAGCCAAAGAUGAUCCGAGCCGCUAUUUCCGAGGCCAAUCGCGUGUAUCAACUAUGGUGCAAGAACAAUCCCGAGUUUCAGGUGGAAGGUCGGGUUCAUGUGAUUGCCCACUCUCUUGGCAGUGCAAUGGCACUUGAGAUCCUAAGCAAGCAGCCCACUGUGGUUCCCAAGAUUGACCCACAUUCCAAGAAGAUCAACGUGAAGCAUUUCGAUUUCAACACGACCAAUCUUUUCCUUUGCGGCAGUCCCGCUGGUUUCUUCUUGUUGUUGGACAAGGGAAGGCUGAUUCCCCGAAAAGCUCAAGGCAAACCUGGAGCAGAUGGCCACGAUGAUGUAGACAAGGCUAUUGUUGGUGAAGCUGGUACUUUUGGCUGCUUGGCAGUUGACAAUAUCUACAACAUUAUGCAUGUCAACGAUCCUAUUGCAUACAGGCUUAAUGCGACAGUCGAUCCACAGUACGCGGCGAGUCUCAAGCAUGCGCAGGUACCUAGUGCCACGACUGGCUUCUUUGAGUCCAUCGGCAAUGCGGUUCGAUCGAUGACUCCUGGAGUUGCAACCCCUCAGGAUCUCGCCAUCGGCCAGGUUCAGAAGCCUGGAGCUGUGACGCGCCUCCCUUCUCAACUCGAGAUGGAAGUCCACGACUUUACACGGGAAGAGAUUGCAGAGAAGAAGUUCUAUCUCGUGAAUGACUGCGGACAAGUGGACUGGGUCUUGACCUCGGGAGGUGGACCAUUGGAGAUACAAUAUAUCAAUAUGCUUAGUGCGCAUAGCAGCUACUGGGGAAGUCCGGACUUCAUCAGAUUCAUUGUGAUUGAGGUUGGGCGAAAGCCUGGCAGAAACAAUGUACUUCCAAACAUGAAGGUUGCAAAGAUUGGUCGAAAAGACAUUGGCAAGAAGGCAUAGGGGAGCUUUUAGGCUGGGGGUACAGUGAUUUGCGUGUUUGAUUCGAUGAACCACUUAUCAACGAUGAGUGGUCAAAUGGAAGAUUGUAAGAUUGUGGGAUGAUGCAUUACAGCAAGGAGUAUGGCGAUUAAAGAUAGACCUAUGAUACCCAUACCUAGAGACCGUCCAAUACAGAUUUAAAAUUACC